AUCUAUCUCUUUUACCUUAAAAAUGAACUUAACAUGGUUGCCUUAGCAGGUGAUAUAUGUUAAACCUGGAUAUGAAGCUGACCUUGAUUCACUAGUACAAGACACAAUCCGUCUUACCACCUCAGUAAAAGUACAACUGACUAACCAAGUUUUUUUAUUUGACGAAUAUCAUUAGAACCUUUUGAUACAUUCUUAAAAUCUAUGCUGCAGGAUACUUGUUCGGAGUUGUGUGAGAGAUCAAAUCCUACAUUGCAAUAUAUUGGUGGACAAGAUGCAGGUUCUAGCGGUAAGAGGUGGCCUAGACUCUUGGAACUAAGGAAUGCAUAUCGCGGUUUACAUCCAUAGAGAUCACCUUUAGACAAUUUUAUCAUUUUUUAGAAGUGUAUAAUGCGAAGAAUAUUAGAGCAAGAGGGCUUCAUAUGCUAAUGUUAAGCUGUAAUUUUUUAAGUUCUUUGUUGACUUUAUUCCAUGCCAAUUUCUUUGUAUUUUCAUGCACAUUUUCUAUAUAUUUUGUGGGUUUUAUUUGUGAUGAUGCCGAAAAAAUCACCAGUGAGCCACACGGUUCUCACGUGCUACUGACAAGAACCUGCACAACACAAAAGCUAAAGACCUUAAGAGGAGUAUCGGUGUGGUACCAGCCAAAUACCCUUCGACGGUCAAGUUAGAGAAAUCUCUUGUUCACAACUCUAGAGUACCAGAGCUGGGGUGAAUUAUGCCUACCUUGGUUUGUGAGGGUGCUUGGGUUUUUAUAGUAGUAGGGAUUGACCUCUUUUCCUUGGAGUAGAAGUCUUUUCCUUAUAGGAGUCUUCUUGGGCGUAUUUUGCGGGAUCCUUUCCAUAUAUGAAUUCCUCUUAGAUUUCUCAAAACGUGGAGGGCAAGUCAUUUCCUUACACACGCAAACGUGAUUGGCAAGCAAUCUUUGACUAAUGCCGUCAGCUUACAUUAUGCUUUCAGUCUUAAUCCCGUCAGCUUCAGGAUCCCUUUAGUUUUAUGAUCCUGUCAGCCUCAUGACCCCGUCACUUUCUAUACUGACGGGUUAUGGAGUUAACGUUCUUAUUGACUGAUCAUUGUUAUAUUCUUUAAGGAAGCGGGAAAAUUAUUUAUGAGGAAUUCCUCGAGCUGCCAUGCAUUUAAUGCUUUGGACAAAUGGCGCGUUCUCAUUGGCUUUGCUUCUGACGAGGGCGUCGCUUCGUCUUCUGCGCACUUCCACUCUAUAUAUAUAAGCGGCUCCUCCUCAUUUCCUCUAUUUCUUCUCUACUGAUCUUUGAAAAAGAGAGACCGUCGCCUUGAAUUUCGUUAGCUCGUUCCUUACUUCCGUCAGCUUGUUCCUUACUACCAUUGAAGCUGUUUUUCUAAGAAAGUCAACUUACAAGUAAGUUCUAUUUCCUCUUUUCUUUCAUUUUUGCUUAUGCCUGAAUAAUUCUUUAGUGAGGACGUCAGCUUAGGUACUUAGAUUGGAUUCGUCACUUGUAGGUAGUCAGAUAUCAAGUGACGCGUUGUGUGAGGAGUCAUCAGUCCGUGAAGGAGCGGGCUACGACGAGGCCUUUGGUUCUGAUGAUAAGUCAGAGGACUUCUCACCUCCGUCAGAGAGGAAAAUGUCGGCCCAAUCUCCCGAUGGUGAUGAGAGUUAUACUGAGGGGGGGUAAGGAUGAAGUAGAAGAGGAAAGAGGGGAAAAUGAAAGUGACGGGGACGAUGUUGAUGUUGACAGGGAUGAUGGUGACGGUGAUGAGGAAUCUAGUGGAAGGACCUCAGAGGGUCUAGGGGAUAACCAUCCUUUCAUUCUUCCUGAGGAUUGGGCCGUCAACAAGUUUUUUCCCAUGAUGAGUGAUAAGGUUUUUAGGGAGUUGCACACCCGCUACCAAAUUCCGGACCAUAUCCCGAUCCGUCUCCCUAGAGAGAAUGAGAGAUGUUACUCAGGGAGAACCGCUGACGUUGGCAUGUAUGAUGCCAUGUUUGCUGUGGGUCUAAGAUUGCCGCUGACGGCCAUACACCAUCAGCUAGCGGAUUUUUUGGGCCUAUCCGUCACUCAAAUUGCCCUGAAUGCCUGGAGAGCUUUCAUAGGUGCUGAAAUCCUGUGGGGUCGCCUUAGCGGAGGAAACCGUUAGCUUACCUUGGAUGAAUUCUUUUACUGCUACAGACCCCAUCACAUCGCCUCAUCUAAGGGAACAUAUCAUUUUAAUGCCCGGGAGAAAAGUUUGAGGCUAGUAUCAGAUAUGCCAGAUUCUAAUAGGAAUUGGAAAAGUAGAUAUUUCUUUGUUGAGGGGACAAAUUGGGUUUGCCGUCAGGAGGAAUGGGCGAUGAUGCCCCAUGGUUAUUUUGACAACAUUUGGGCCUUUGUCAGGGACUCAAGUUAAUCCCGUCAACCAUGUUUCUUUAGCUUUGAAGUGACGCUGCUAACAUUCUUUCUCUUUUUCUUUUCUUUCAGCUAACACCCGUCCCCACAUAACCGACGAAUAGGAGGAGUUCAUCUGUCGGGUUCUCGAAAUCCCUUUGGAGGAACGAAAGUGUAGGGAUUUGAUCACCCUUGACACUAUUCAUUUAUACUGUGAGGGACCAGAACCGUCAGCUGAAGCCCGAAAGUUGGAUGACUUUUCUUUCCGAUAGAUGGAGUCUGCUAACAGAGGGUGAGGGCUACCGCAGCCUAUCAGAAGGAGGAGAAGAGGGCAAAGGAGGCAGGGGGAAAACCUCGUCAACCCCUAAGACCGUCGCUAAGUCUGUAAAGAGGAAGCCCGACGGGAGUGACGGCCGUCCGUCUAAGAAGGCCGCCGUCACUCCUAGGGAUAGUGCCCCAAAGGAAAAAUCCCCUCUUAAGCCAAGCCAUGGUGCGGGCAAGGGGGUAAUGACUUCCUCAGGUCCCGCCAAUGAGGGUCCCUGCUGCCACCUGACCCAUAAGGAUUAUGCCGUCGGGGAGGUUGGAUCAUUCAUAAAACCGACAGACAUAGAGUCUUGUGAUUUGUUGGGGACGGAUGAUUUAGGGGCGUCAGCCCUUUUUGAUCUUACCAGGGCCUUGGUGCGCGUCAAGGCCCUUCAGGAUCGUUGCGUUGCCAAGGAGGGAGUCGUCACCCAGGUCCGGAAGCAUAAUACAAAUUUGAUGAAUGAACAGGGGCAGUACAAGGAUGCCGUUCGUACACUAAACCAACAGCUAAAGGAAGUUAAGGAGAAGCUGGCGGAGGGCAACUGUCAGAAAGAAAAGCUUCAGGAGGAGGUGACGGAUCUAGGCCAAAGGGUGCAGAUGGGCUGAUGCGGUUCAAGAUUUUAAAGUGACACAAUCGUUCAUUGACUCUUGUGCCGAGUAUUAUGGCACUGGGUUUGACGAUUUCCUUAAGCAGGUUGCGUCGGCAUUCCCAGAGCUGGACCUGUCUAGAAUUACAAUGGAUGAUGGAGAUGACGGCUCCUCUGAGCCUAAUCUUACUCUGGAGGCUAACGGUGUCGUUGUUCUAGCCCAGCCUGUUGCAAACCCUCCUACUCCUGUUUCCAACACUCCGGCUGCGAUUGUAGACGUUGAAAAUCAACAAGCUGACGGGAAUCCUGCUGACGCUCCUGCUCCUUAGUUCUUUUUAUUUGUAUUUUAACCUUGUAUUUCAAUCAUUUUGCAAACAAUCGUUUAAUGUGUAUUUUAAUUACUUUUCAAACAAUUGUUUAAGUGCC